GUUUCUCCUUUCGCCAAAUUUCCGUACACUACCCCUCGUUCAUGGAUGGCUCUAUGCGGCCGCCCGCCAUGCACGGCGCUUCUCCCUCCGCUUUGUAGCGUCGUGUUCGUUGCCCUUGCGCCUGCGGCCGCAGGGCUCGUUGCUUCCGCAGCCGCGGGGUUGCCCCCAGUGGAGCAGGUACAGCUGCUGGCUGGCACGGAGCUGUCCGACCGCUUCAGCAACGGCAAUACCCUGCCUCAGGUGAAGCGGCCUUGGGGCUUCAACGACUGGGUCCCCCACACCAAUGGCAACUUGCACGACAACCCGUGGUGGUUCACGCGGAGCUCCAACUCGUUCAAGGGCCUGAAGUGUUCACACCAGCCGUCGCCCUGGCUGGGAGACUGGGGCUACUUCAGCAUCAUGCCGAAUAUCGGCGAUGCUGCGCCCAUCCAGACCAGUCCACCUGAAGAUAUUCCACACAGCAUGGCACCCGGAGACAUUCCGUUUGAAGGCGUCAAGCCCGACCCGUCAGUUUUUCGCAGGAGCUCGCCCGUGAGCUCGUUCACGAGCUCGCCCUGGCUGCAGUACUCCUCGGAGGAGUCUGUCUGGAAGCCAUACCUCUUCAGCACCUCCCUGUCGAAGUCGGGCUCGUCGGAGCGCAUCAACUUCGAGUUCACGCCGACCAACCACGCGGGCGCAGGUCGCGUGGUCUUCCCGCCCGGCUCCUCCGAGGACGCCGCCGUCGAGGUGCGGGUGCCGAAGGGCUACACCAUCUCGGAGGGCCGCGUCCUCAGCGGCUACACCGCCACGGCCGAGGGCCAGAUCCCCGAUGGGUUCAAGCUGUUCUUCGUCAUGAACUUCAGCAGGCCGCCCGUGCGAGUCGAGGACGCGGGCUGCGUCCCCGGCGGGCUGCGCUACGGCUCGUGCGCCCUCUCCAGGCUCGUGUUCGGCCCCGACGCCGGCACGGUCGAGUUCGGGGUGGCCACCAGCCUGGUCUCCUUGGAGCAGGCCGCGCACAACCUGAUGCAGGAGGUCUCCGACAGGCCGUUCGACGAGGUCGUGGAGGAGGGCCGCUCUGUUUGGUCGCAGGCGUUGGGGCGCGUGUCGGUGGAGAUGCAGGACGACGAGCAGCACAAGGUCUUCUACACCAAUCUCUGGAAGUCGAUGCUGUUCCCCCGCUUCCUGCAGGAGACGGAUCAGCAUGGCAAUGAGGUGCACUACAGCCCCUUCAACGGGAAAGUCGAGCCUGGGAAGCUGGUCGUGGACAGCGGCUUCUGGGACGCGUACCACACAGUGUACCCCCUGAAUUCGGUCCUCUUCCCAGAGAACCUCGGGCACCUGAUGGAUGGCUGGGUGAACGCGUACAAGGAAAACGGGUGGAUUCCACAGUGGGCCUCGCCUGGCAAUCGCGACUCCAUGGUGGGCACCAUGAGCGACGUGUCCCUGGCCGACGCCAUCGUGAAAAGCGAGGCCGGCGGCUUCUCCUUCGACCGGCAGGCGGCCUACGAGGCCAUCCGCAAGGACGCGGCCGAGCAGCCCGCCGUGGGCGACCACAACGGCGGCCGCCGGGAGCUCCUGGAGUACAACGAGUCGGGCUUCGUGGCCGAGAGCGCCGCGGGGGGGUACCGCUCCAGCGGCAGGCUCCAGAGCGCCAGCGCGGGGCUGCUGUACCG